AGGGGUUCUCUCAUCUCACGCAGUAACUGUAUUUCGAGCACCACGAUCUCCACUUUUUUAGGCCCCAACAACUGCCCAUAACGGCUAUUAUACGUACGCAUCUCUUCGCAUUGUGACUUUUUUGUGAACAGAGCCUCUCCUCAUAUUCACAACCGUUGCAGUACUCUUUCCAACACUCUUAAUUUAGAGCCAUUCACUUUCACCAUUCAUCCCAUCCUACGAACUUUCAAGCACCCACCACACACAGUCGAAGGUUUGGAAAUGGCUUCACCGUACUUCGGUCGGCGCGUCAUCAUCCUCGUCGCCAUCGUGGCAGCCUCCUUGGGCAUCCUUGCGGCCGCUGUGAACCGUUACAAAGUUGGGGACGCCGCGGGCUGGCGCCUCCCCGAUGACAACAACAUUGACAUGUACAAGAACUGGGCCAGCAAGAUCACUUUCCAUGUUGGAGAUUCCCUUUUGUUCACGUACCAGAACGACUCUGUGGUGAGGGUGGAUAAAAGAGGGUACUACCACUGCAACGAGAGCGGCCGCGGAUCCAUGUUCAAGGACGGGAACACUCUCUUCGUCCUCGAUGAGCCCGGGUUCUGCUACUUCGUCAGCGGCGACGUCGACCACUGCAGGAAAGGCCAGAGGCUGAUGGUCGAGGUCGCGGGCCAGCAGCGGCCGCCUCCGCUGGUGCCGGUUAUGGCCGGGCCAUCUCCUGCACCCCUCCCAAGUGCCGCGGCCUUGCGGGAAGCGUCGAGUUUUCGUAGUUUGGUGUUUUUAGGGGCCCUCCUCUUGAUUGAGAUUUGCUGGGAUUGAAUUUUGGCUAUUUGUGAUGCUGAGGACAUAUUUGCUUAGGUGGUUUUAUUUGCAAUGAUUAAUGUGUGUUAUUUCAAUUUGUAUUUGUGCUUCUGUUCUUCGUU